AAACCAUCCACGUGCCACUCCGUCCUUCACCUCGCCUCCUCACCAUGGCGAAUGCAGCCAUCGCCGCGGCCGCGGUGGGCUUGGCGCCUGACUUGAAGAAGCGCGUCGAGAUCAUGGCGGAGCACGUGGCCAAGAACGGUGUGGACUUUGAGACCACCGUGCGUGGUAAAAAUGCUCAAAAUCCGCAGUUCCAGUUCCUGCUGGGUGGUGAGGGCUCCGAGUACUACCAAGCCCUCCUGGCCUCGCACCGUACCUCCACACCGGGCCCGGGCCGUUGGGCACCGCCCACGCUGAACGGCGCGGCCGGCGCGGGCGCGCCGCCAAACGGCGCGGCCGGUGCAGCGCAACUGUCGGAGUUGAUGCAGCGCUGGCCGACGCCGGAGGUCAUGUUCUUGAGCCCGGAGCACGAGCGGCAACUCACGGAAAUCUUGAGCUCCUUGGAGAAGAGCUCCUCCCGAGACGCCAUUGCCAUUGGCCGAGCUUGGGUGGAGGCUCGAGUGGAUCUGGCCCCUGCGCUGGCGAGUAACAUCAUGAAGCGCAUGGUCUUUCUGUCAAGCAGCCUGCACAGACUGCACGUUUUAUACUUGCUGCACGAUAUCUUUAUUCACGAAACUGGCCGACUGGGUGGGAACCCUGGCCCGCUGAUCUCCGCGUUCAAACCCUGCUUGGUUUGGAUGGCGCGACCUACCUACCAGAUUGCCCAGAGCAUGGACAGUGAAGGGUGCGAGAAGAUCCGGAAGCUGUUGAACUUGUGGGUGGAGAAGAGCAUUUUGACGCCUCAAGAAGCGGAAGAGAUUUCCAUCUUGAUGGCGGCCAAGGAUUUGCCUUCUCCACCAUCUGGACGGCUCCUGCAACAGGUUGGAGUUCAAAUGGGCAUGUCCGUCUCGCAGAUGCAAGGCCAAAACAACUUGGUCGGCAAUAUCCUGGGGGCCCUGGCCCCUGCGGACAAGCCGCCCGCGGCUCCGCCACCAGCGCCAGCGCCCGGGGCACUGGUGCCGUGUCAAGCCCUGGCACCACGGCCUCCAGGAGUGCAACCGCCAAUGCCAGGAAUGCCUGGGCCAGCAGGACUUCAACUUGCCUUGGCCUCCGGUGCCCUGGCCCUGCCGAGCGCGGCCUCGGAAACCCCGGAGAGCGUGCCCGUGGGCGUGAUGUCCUCCAUGCUGAAGCAGGUGUCCAGGCGCGGCAAGGACUUGCACGCGGCAUUCGUGCCCUACCGGCCCCUAGAUCCCUUCUACACACCUCAGACGGUGCCUCCCUUGCCGUCGCCCUCCCCGCGGAUCCUGGAGCGCCUCUCGCAGUUCUACCGCGCGGUGGGCGAAGCGGCCCGCAGUCGGUCUCCCACGCGGUGAGCGACCUCCGCCCGAAGGGCGGCAGAUCGAGGGCGGAAAAGGCCGGUGAGAGGAAAA